CUCAAUUUCUUUCUUGCAAGAGAAAAAAUAGUGAGGAAAGAUGGCCGUUGUUGAGUCUGUUGUUGAGAUCCUUCUCCAAAAACUUGCUGACCCGCUUGUUGAAGAAGCCUUUUUCUUACAUGGUGUUCACAAUCAAGUGGAAUGGCUCGAGGAAGAAUUUAAGCAGAUGCAAUGCUUCCUGAAAGACGCAGACGCCAAACAAGAAAGAGAUGGAAGAGUAAAGAACUGGAUGCGGAACGUGAGAGAUGCGGCAUACGAUGCUGAGGACAUCAUCGACACCUUGGUCUCCAAGACAGAGCUCUUGAGGCAAAGAGGAUUUGUAGGCCGGAUUAGAAGGUGUGCUUUCAUCUUCAACGAGUUGAUAGCUCGCCAUAAGGUGAGCUCGGAGAUCGAAUGGAUAAAGAUUAAAAUCCAGACGAUUUCUGAAAGUAGGUUGGCUUAUGGAAUUGAAAAUAUAGGCCAGGGAGCAGGAACGAGCUCCACCGGUUUAAGACACCAAGACUGGCGGCUCACUUCUCUUGCUCAAGAACCAGAUUUUGUCGGCUUUGAGAAAGAUUUUGAGAUAUUGGUGUCCCGAUUGAUGGACGGGGGGUUGCAUGGUUGUGUUGUUUCUGUAGUCGGAAUGGGUGGUCUUGGUAAGACCACUCUAACAAAGAAAGUUUAUAACGACACCCGCGUUAAGACCCAGUUUCAUUCCUGUGCAUGGAUUUCUAUAUCACAAGAGUAUGAUGUGAAAGAUCUUCUUCAGAACAUCAUAAAUUGCUAUAUGGUGCUCUCAAAAGAGGAGCUCAAGAAAGUGCAGAAAAUGAAUGUCUUUCAGCUGAGGCAUAAAAUUUCUGAGUUUUUGCAAGAGAGGAGAUACUUGAUGGUGCUAGAUGAUAUAUGGACAAUCGAAACAUGGGAUGCUCUUAAGGAUGCUUUCCCAGAUAUGAACAAUGGAAGUAGGAUCAUGCUUACCACCCGCAACAAAGACGUAGCUUUACAUGCAGAUGCACAAAGCACGCCGUAUGAAUUGCGAUUUUUAGAAACAGAUGAGAGCUGGGAAUUGUUUCAUAGGAAAGUGUUCGCAGGACAAGAUACCGGUUGCCCUCGGGAUUUGGAGAAGUUGGGAAAAGAAAUUGUCGAAAAAUGCCAUGGUCUACCUCUUGCGAUCAUACUCAUGGGAGGGCUAUUAUCAAUGAAAGAACCAAGGGAGUGGGAGAAUGUAUGUGAGACCAUUAGCUGGCAAUUUGUCAAAGGACAACCCCAAAUCUCUAGAAUAUUAUCUUUGAGUUAUAGAGAUCUGCCCUAUCACUUGAAACCAUGUUUUCUUUACUUGGGGAUUUUUCCAAAAGACUAUGAGUUCCGCGCUAAGAAACUGAUACGAUUGUGGGCCGCAGAAGGGUUACUGCAACAGAGAGGAGAUGAUACACUAGAGGAGAUGGGAGAAGAUUAUCUAAAUGAGUUGAUUCAACGAAGUAUGAUUCAAGUUGAUAACAGAAGUUCAAGCAGGGGUAUUAAAAGUUGCCGAAUUCACGAUCUUUUGCAGGAUCUUUCCAUAUCAGAGGCGAAGGAAGAUAAGUUCUUCCAAGUUCAUCGUGAGAAUAUGAAUUCUCCAUUCACAUCUGCAGCCCGACGACUUGCAAUUUACCGUAAUGCCUUAAGUAAGUGCACUUCCUUAAAAUCUUCCACUCCACUUCGAUCUGUUUUGAUCCACACCACCACAGAAUAUGGGAGUCUCAGAAGGAAAGAAGAGAAGUUCCUUUAUAGAGGCUUUAAAUUGCUCAGGGUGUUAGAUCUACAGAAUGUAGCAAUAAAAAAUCUACCAAGUGAAAUAGGUGCACUGAUCCACUUGAGGUAUCUCGGGCUUACCAAGACUUGGUUAAAAAGGCUCCCGUCAUCAUUAGGCAAUCUUCACAAUUUACAAACACUAAUUGUGACAACUCAUAAUGACGUCCUCAACAUACCCAGCGCAAUCGAGAAGAUGCAACAGUUAAGACAUGUCCAAGUUUAUAAUGCAUAUGAGACUUAUUAUGAAUGUUGUGGUGUGAUAGAAGGGCAUCCACGACUCGACGAGAUUAGUAACCUCCAAACUCUAUCAUAUGUAAGGACCAGUGAAUGGAUGUGUGGUUGCUUGGGAAAGCUCGUCAAUCUUAGAAAACUAGGAAUAUGUUUAGAUCUUGAAGGAGCAUAUGCUGAAGUAUUGUUUGAAUCCAUUGUCAAAUUGGACUGCCUGCAGUCCUUGACUGUGACAGCAAACAAACUCGCCUCGAAUUUUCCUUUUCCACAUCUUCUCAAGUUAAGUAAGUUGCGUUUGGUGGGAGAGUUAGAGAAGUUACCUGAGUCUGCUGAAUUCCCAACAAACCUCACCAAUCUCACCUUGCUACUCUCCCAUUUAAAGCAAGAUCCACUGGCGACAUUGGAGAAGCUGAAAAACCUUCGCAUUCUGAGAUUGCUUUGGAGUUCAUAUCAAGGAAAGGAAAUGGCUUGUGCUGCACAAGGGUUUCCUCGACUCGAAUCCUUACAUCUUCAAGGGUUGCACCAAUUAGAGGAGUGGAGAGUGGAGAAAGGAGCUAUGCCAACUCUUUUACAUUUACAGAUCAAUGAAUGUAGUAAUUUGAAGAUUCUUCCUGAAGGACUGAAACAUAUGACUACCCUCAAGAAAUUGGAGUUGUUGUACAUGCCCAAUAAAUUCAAAGAAAGGCUUCGAGAAGACAACGGAGAGGAUUGGCAUAAGAUUCAUCACAUACCCUCCAUUGACAUAUGCUAGGGGGCGGCGUUCUAAGCAGUCACACUCUCCUUGCAAGAGCUACAUCAAUUAGGAGAUUCUAUUGUAAGAUUUUUGGAGCAUCUUUCAUCUAUGGCAAAGCCUAUCAAAUCAAAGUUUGGAUCUCAGAACUACUGGCCCCACUUGUAACAAUCAUCAAGACACCUUAACCAAAUGCAUUAGGAACUUAUACUCCCUGUUUCUUUCAUGAUUAGUUUUUGGAGUAAGGUAAAUGCUUCGACUUCUUUUAUAAAUUUAAGCAACUGAACUCUAGCAUACAGCUUUUGUGUUUUAAUCACAAAUUUUGAUUUCCAGACAUUUUCCUCACAGUAGAGAUUGGGAUGACCUCCACACAAAGUGAGUAAAUGGAGUGAAGAAUGGUGUAAUAGUGACUAGAUGCUGAUGAAAUCUUUGGAUGAUAUUUUCUAAUUGUAACCUUAGGAUUUAUGUACUUCUUUAUUACAGAACUUUGGAAAUGGUAACCUGUGCUAAUAUUUGUUAAAUAUUUUGUAAAUCAAAUCAUAAAAAGACUUUAAUUUAAUGUUUGAUUU